AUGGCAAGUUCAACGACCAUCAUGAUGAGUUCUCUUCUUCUUACUUCUCUAGCUCUUCUGGGUCUUCUUGCAACUGCUAUUAAAGCAAGACCCUUACCACCAGAAAAUUCACGCAACAAAUUCAUGAUCAUAAUGAUCAAUAAUGUUGGGAAUUCAACAAAAACCAGGGAUACAACAAGGAUUGAUCACUGCGACCACAUGACAGAAUUUUCAAUCGAAGGAAAGAUCACUCCUAGGCCGCCAUCUCCAAAAUCAUCACCACCAACUCACCAAGUAAUGUCAUAUCCAGCUCCAAAGCCAUCAACACCAACUCCCCAGCUAGAGCUUGUUUCUUCUUGUGCUGAGGGGAGCCCAUGCAAUAGUUUAAUAUCCUUGUCAGCUAAUUUUGGAAAGAACCCAAAAUCACCACCAUCUCCUAAUCCAGCACCAUCAAAACACCAAGGAGAACUUGAGCAACCAAUACAACAAAGGUCAUCUCCAGAAUUUCAGCUCAUCUCCAUGUUUACUAAUUUCGGAAAGACCCCAAAAUCACCACCUUCUCCGAAGCCAGCACCAUCAAAACAUCAGGGGAUAAUCGAGCGGCCGAUAACGCAAAAAUCCCGACCAGAUUUUCAGUUGAUAUCCAUGUUUACUAAUUUUGGAAAGACCCCAAUAUCACCACCAUCUCCUAAGCCAGCACCACCAAAAAAUCAAGGCAUGAUCGAGCAGCUGAUGCAACGACGAUCACCAUGA